AUGCGUGCCAUUCCAUGUUCCACACCUGUUCAACAUUAUGCGUAUCAUUCCACGUUCCACACAUACUUCCACCUGUUCCAACUACGCAUACCUUAUCACAAUGGGAAGUUUCGCUUCAGCGAGUUUAUUUUGAUAGCAGUGAACAACUUUCCCCUCUUGCAAUACAUCACAUGUAUCACUCCGAGGGAUGCGUGGAAUCUCCUGCGAAAUCCAACACAGGGACUCGAGAAUGAUUCAGAAUCCACUGUAGCGCAAUCACUUGGUCUGGUGACGAUAUACCAAGUGACUACCUACUCUGGAAGCUGCGUUCGAACUGCGGCUUGCGGUGCUGCGGGACCUGGGAAAAUUCAACUGCGACCUCUGAACCACGAGUACAAAGUCAUUUGGCAAUCAUAUCUGACAACUGCUAACACCAUAUUUGGCACCCAUCAAAAUCUGAUAGACAGCACGGCAAGAACGGAAACACUAUCGCCGCUCAUACACCCUACCGAAGAGGAGGCGAAUUCGCAAACUUUUCGACUGGAUCGUUCACUUGAUGGUUCUCCUUACUCAAUUCUGACACCUGAGCCAAUCGUUCCGAGACCGCCGUUCGUCGUAGACGUAAUGAAGGGAGAACACCUGAAGGUCUGGUCGUGGCUUUGUUUCAACGUUUUCAGUUAUGCAAUCUUCCUAUCAGAUGGGGUCGCACCGUGGGCCGGGAUCAAUGGGCGCGCCGGUAAGGGUAUGACAACAUCUUAUCAUGUCGAGAUUCGAGAAGAUAUUAUCUAUAAUCAGUUGCCGCUCGAAGAACACUAUAUAUACCAGACGCUCGAACAAGGCACAAUGUCCCUAAUCAGUGAACGUCUGGACGGGUAUUGGAGAGAUUUGGAAACGGGCUGUCUGGACCAACCAUUACGUUUCUUCCGUUCGAUUCAGAGCGUACUCCAUGGACACGCGCAGAAGGCGUGUCGUCAUAAUUCCUUCCUUCCAAAGAAGUGA